ACCAUCGAAGAAGAAGAAGAAUCGAUAAAGCGAUCGGAGGCGAAUCAAAGGUAAACUGAAUUAGAGUAGAAGAAUCUAUAGAAAGAAAAAGAUGCAUUCGUUUGGAUUCAGAGCAAACGCCUUGUUAACUUUCGCCGUCACUGUUCUUGCAUUGAUAUGCACCAUGACUUCUCUCUCCGAUAAUCUCAAUACUCCCUCUCCAUCUGCCGAUGUUCAGGUCAAGGACAUUUAUUGGUUCCAGAAAUCAACCAAGGGAGACGACGAGGUUAGCAUGACAUUGAAUGUUACAGCAAACUUGGAAUCCUUGUUUACUUGGAAUACAAAACAGGUUUUUGUUUUCUUAGCUGCAGAAUAUGAAACCGCGAAAAAUUCAUGGAAUCAGAUCUCUUUAUGGGAUGGUAUAAUACCGUCGAAAGAACAUGCCAAAUUCUCAAUUCACACGACAAACAAGUAUCGGUUCAGUGAUCAGGGAAGCAAUCUCCGAGGAAAGGAUUACAAUUUGACCCUUCAUUGGCAUGUGAUGCCCAAAACUGGAAAGAUGUUAGCUGAUAAAAUAGUCAUGUCUGGUUAUCGUUUGCCAGAGGAAUAUAGACGACGAUCUGCAGCAGCAGCAGCGUAGCUUACUCGUAAUCCCAGAUGUUUGGAACUAAAAAAACGAAGAAAAAAAAGUAGAUUGUUUUAGAAUAUUCAGGGCGGAAAUACCCUUAUCGUCGUUUUGAAUUAUUGGAAAAUUUUCAGUUUCAAAAUUUAUAAUAGGUCAUCUUUUAUUUUCCCACU